AUGGGUACCAUCGUGGAUGUCACUGAACCGGAUGCAAAAGAGCGCCUAAAGACAACAGUAGAGGAGGCUUUGCCGGAAGGAUUGGGUUCUGAUCCGGAGAGCUUACCCUCAGCUAAAAAUUCCGCUGAUGUAAACCAAGAAGCUCAAGGUAUCUUACAAAAGCGUGAAAGACGUAGACAGAAAUUGGAGGCCAACAAUUCCACCGAGAAAAAGCAGAAUGAGAAUGCUGAUGGUAUUGAUAUGACAGAUUUCGGUGACGAAAUAGUGCACACAAGCAGUGGGGACAACUUCGACUGGGAUAAAAGCUCCGACAGCGAACACAACACAGAGGUCGAGGAUAAUAGUAGUAGCAAUGGCGGUGACAGUGAUGAGACUGGAGACAACAUACCUGACGAACGCGGUCUGCCAAAAUUGGUACUCAAUAAAGAAUUGGACCAAUAA